AUGAACAUCGAGGAUCAAGGUCAUUCUUCUCCCAAUGACGACCUACCAGGUGUACAGAGAGACGGUCAGAGUAGAGAAGGCGUUCAAUUGACCGAUGAUGAAUUGCGCUUUUACAACUGCACUAUGGAGACGGAGUUCCCUGAUGAGACUGGAGCGAGAUCUGAGGAAUAUCGCCGAGAAAGUAGGGAUUGUGUUAAUGGAAUACUCGCGCUUCGUCAAUCACAGGAAGUGUUCCGCCGCCGCCCAUCAAUACCCACAGUGAUGAAUAAAGAUAAUCGAGACCUGGUCGAGGACCUUAAGCGCAAGGAAGAUAUGGGAGAAGGGCUGGAUCGGAGAACACAGCAGGAGGACAAGAACGGCGGUACUGACAAGCACGAUCAACUUCAUAAUAAGAAGGAUAAAGACGGAGGUGGCGAGGAGAAGAGGCUAUCGAAAAGAACAAAGUUAGGAUAG